UUCAAGGAUGCAGGUCGUGUGCUGCCUUCAGGGGACGUUGGAAAUGCUUUUGAAAACACAAGGUUGCUGAUGCUCGGAGACUCGGGGGUCGGGAAGACGUGCAUGCUGCGCAGGUUCACGGAAAGUUACUUUGAUCCUUCACACAUUUCCACCAUCGGAGUUGAUUUUAAAAUGAGAACACUAGAAGUAGAUGGAAUCAAGGUGCGAGUACAGAUAUGGGACACUGCGGGUCAGGAACGUUAUCAGACCAUCACCAAGCAGUACUACAGGCGUGCACAGGGCAUCAUCUUUGUAUACGACAUCACGAGCGAGUCGUCCUUCCAGCACAUAGUGAAGUGGGCCAGUGAUGUGGACGAAUACGCCCCGGACGAGGUGCAGAGGAUCCUGGUAGGAAACAAGUCUGAUGAGGAGCUCAGGAGGCAGGUAACAAAGGACCAAGGAAGCAAGCUAGCAGAAACCUAUGGGAUGGAGUUCUUUGAGACCAGUGCUUCCACCAGCAGUAAAAUCAGUGAGGCCUUCACUCGAGUGACAGAACUGGUGCUGCAGGCUCACAAGAGAGACGUGGAUAACUUGUUGGGAUCUCUAGAUGAUUAUCUGGACAAGGCCGCUUUAGAAGAGGAGAACGGCAGUGAAGGCACCGACUGCAACAACAUUCGGAAGGCCUGCACCUGUUAGGAGAGGGGCAGGUCGCAGUACUAUGGCUCAUACUUUAGCUUAAGACAUACAGUAUGUUCCCCACUCAGCCCUCCUCCGCCUCCUUCAUAGAUACUGGGAUCUGUUGGCCAGAAGGGUGCUCAAUUGGUUUACAUUCUGUAAGUAGGUGAGAUGGUAACUGCAGUUAGCAGCAGCGACCAGCAGAGGGCAGUUUCUGUUGCCUGACUGCUGAGCCCUGGACCCAGUGGAGAGAACGGCUGCAGUGACUUUGCUCUCUCAAACCUAUCAAUGCACAUGCUCGCUUGAUUUUCCCUGGUGUAAUGCUCUAUACAGCUACACAUUGUUAGGUUGUAUCAUACAACCUAACAAUGUGUAGCUGUUGUUGUUGUAUCAUA